AUGAUCAGUGCGAUCCUAAACACCGAAGUGCUAAGCAGAGCACAUGCGCUGUUCGCAAGCGCGCGAAAGCACACCGUCCAAGGCCUGUCCCGCCUAUUGCCAUCAACGCUACAACGCACGCACCUCGCCCACUUAGUAGAUCUCGACUUAUUCGUGGCAUGUGCCAAUCAUCUUCGCGGUGAAUUCAACGCACCACAGCUCCAAUCGCUGAGCAUGCGCUCCGAUGCUGCCCAACUAUCAGAAUGUCCUGUUCCUGUCACCUUUCUAGUGUCCAUAUUCAACAACUCGCCUCUUCUUAACGAGAUCCACAUCCGUCGCUGCGUGAACACUACCACGAUAGCCGAGCUCAAACCCCGCGACGAUCAUAAUCGCCGGGCACUGUCUAUUAUCGAAGUGGCUUGCCAUAAUGAAGACCUUGUUUCAGUCUUGAACAAUUACUUUAAUGUCAAAGAGUCCUCGAACGUGACCAUUGAGCUGUACUCCAUCGCGCACAUCCAGAGCGCCCUCUCGCAAUCCGUGGACCUGGUCGGGGUUCAACGCAAAGCCGCUUCGUCGUUCGAGAUCCGGUACGGAAACGAGAUCGUCUUACGAGAAGGGGAGCACGUUCGCGAGCAGUUCUUCGCCCUGCGCAUAUCAUUUCCAAAACGCUUUACAGUCAUGUUUCGCAUGGGCGAACGGCACAUGAAGUGGACUUGGAAAGCUUUUGUUGACAACUUCCCUUGUGAUCAGAUCCGCCAUCUGACUACAACAAACCGCACCGACGACAGCAGCGCUUCGAUCCGCGUUCACCCUCACGAUCUUCUCGCCGCGCUCUCCGGCCUGCGCUCGCUAACGAUAUCAGACCGCCAACACAUUCAGUUCUUGAGCGCCGUACCGCUCAUCGCACCCAUCACGAACCUGACGGUAAACCUACCACACGGGACGAAUCUCGGAGACCUCGUGCCGAUAUGGCACUGGCUGCGUGACCGGGCAACGUCGCCAAUAUCAAUGACACUAACGUUGUCCGGGAACUUCAACGGCCUAUUCAUCUACCGGGACUAUCACUAUAUGGAGGCUCCCAUCAUCGCAGCGCUGAACAUGUACGCACACGUCGUCGAUGAGCGGACGGCCAACAAAGACGCUCGUCGAUCCCGAGUCGAUACAUGA